AUACAUAAAUACUUGAACUGAAAAGGUUUAAUCAAGUUGACAAUUUUUUUUUCCUCAAUGUACAUUUUCGUAUAUUUUGGACAACGUUAUCACGAUGUCGAUUCGAAAAGACAUGCGAAAAACGCUUCACUGAAAGCUAUUCAAAGGAGCAGUGUAUUUGUAUCAUAACGGGCGUCAUCAUUGAGGCAUUCACGCCCGAUUAUUUGGCCUCUAACGAUGCUCUAGAGUUCGAUCCGGAGAAGCACUCGCGAUCAAGUGGAAGACACGUAGGGCCACCAAUACUAUUUAGAGCACCGGCAAUCUUUCAUGUACCCCACCCAGUAACAAACGCGUACCCAGACCAUUCUAUGGACGAAUCGAGUGAGAGAAAGAGAAAGAGAGCUCUGGUCAAAUUUUCCCGGUGGGGUCACGCGUUAUUUCUCGCAGCCACGUAACCCUCGCCAAUAUGCGUGUCUAGGGACGCUUAAAUUGAUCAGCUAUUCAUACCUUGAUGCAACGCGGAAUGGAUGUAUGGUCGUCGCAACGUGUAGGAUAAAUUACUACCAGGAAUUCAUGCGUAUUAACCUUCCAUUCGCGAAAUGAACUCGAACCCUGUACCACCGAGUUUUUACCUUGAUUAAAUGUUAUUAUCGUUAUUAAUUAAUGUAAUUGAAAUUCGUUAUAAAUUAGAAAAAAAUGUUACUUUUAAAAUUUCUCGGAAACACCACUCAGUAUUGAAUUAAAUUGCACUCGUUUAAAUAAGCAGACACGAUUACAGCGCUAAUAAGCUCAAGUGUCUUCAAGUCUUUGGAUUUGUCGUCAACCGUUCAACCAAUGUCAUCGACCACGAUCAUGGCUUUAUUGUAAUUUAACUCGCGUUUUACGUAGCUGGCAGCAACUUUAACUGGCAUUCCUAACUGUACAACGAUGGAGACCAAGAUUACUCCAAAUAUAUAAGUACGUCGCUUCUCAUAUAAAAUCAGUGUUACACUGGACGCUGAUUUAAUCGUUGCUAAUCUUAUUAAAUAUACUACAUUAGUAUUUUCAAAAAUUAUGCGGUAUCUACGUAACUUACGUGAGUGCUUAAAAUACAUUUGAGUUUAUUGAAACAUAAAGUAUUGUGCAAGUGACAUUGUACGUUAGAUACUGUAACAUCAACUUUCUAAAAAAUGAGGCAGAAAUUAAAAAAAGUUUCACAAGUUGGAUUACUCCUGCUGAAGCUGUCGUUCUGUUUUAUAAUGUCAAACGGCUUGUUUCAUCAAAGCUGUAACUAUUCUCAAUAUGUAAAACCCGGUAGCAUCUAUUACAUAUACAAUUUUGACUAUCCUAACGUUUCCUACGGUCGACAACAUUGCAAGUGGAUUGCGGAAAGUAAUUAUCGCAUCAGAUUAACUUGCAAGAAUUUCAACAUACCGUGGAAUUUUAGAUGCGCCUUAGACAAGCUAACUGUAUAUGUGAAUGAUUCUGCGUCUCAAUCCUAUUGCGGCAACGAGACAUUUAGCAUAGAAUCGACAGGAGAGUUCAUGACCAUUGAAUUAUCAACGUCAUUCUGGUCGUCGGGAGUCAAGUUCCUGUGCGAACUGCAAGCGGUCGACGAAAUAGAGAAUGACAAUUGCAGAUGCGGAUGGAAAAAGCCGACGAAAAUAGUGGGAGGUAUGGAAACUGGUGUCAACGAAUACCCCAUGAUGGCUGGUCUCGUCGAUUAUUUUGAAAGAGACGUAUUUUGCGGAGCGACUAUCGUAUCCGAAAGAUACGUAUUGACUGCAGCACAUUGCUUGACGGAUAGAAACAUAAGUACCAUGGCUGUAGUCGUGGGAGAUCACGAUCUCAGCACGGGUACAGAUACAAAUGCCUCGCGCGUCUUCACCGUGUCCAGAUUUGACAUACAUCCUUUUUACGACAGCGAAACUUUAGAAAACGAUAUAGCUGUAGUAAUGGUGAAUUCUGUCAUAAGUUUCAGCGAAGAAGUUGGACCGGCUUGCCUUCCGUUUCAACACCAAUCUGAUUCCUUUGCAGGAAGUUACGUGGAUUUAUUGGGCUGGGGAACGACACAAUUCGGAGGAAUGAAGUCACAAACGUUACAGAAAGUCACUGUAACCGUGAUGACGUACCGAGAAUGUCGUCGACAAUAUCCGAAUGCCUCGUACAGUCAAUUAUGCACUUAUGGGGAAGGAAAAGAUGCGUGUCAGUUUGACAGCGGUGGUCCCGCUCUUUGGCAAAAUCCUACGACGAAGCGAGAGGUUCUCAUAGGUAUCAUCAGUUCCGGAUUUGGUUGCGGCAAUGAUAAACCAGGGAUUAACACGCGUGUCGGCACAUACAUAGAUUGGAUCUUAUAUGUAACGCCGGGUACGAAUUACUGCAUGUCCGAAUAAGAAGUUUGUAAAUAGAAAUGUAUAAAGACUUUACAAUCUAUUAUUUUUAGAUAUUUAUUGCGCGCUAUUUAUAUUCUUUUUUAUAUAUUUUUAUACAGACUUUUUUUUUAAUUUUCAUGUAAUUUUGAAGUGCGCCAAUUAGCACGGUGCUUUUGUGUAUGAAUCAUAUUUUACUUGACUUAUACAAUAUUAACGAUACGAACUAAAAUAUAUUCCUGAUUUAUCUUGAACGUUGUACAUGAAAAUGCACUUCAUCUGCAUUAAUAAAAAUCCUGUAA